AUGACUGGAGAACAAAAGACAUGGACUGGCAAGGCCAUAGUAGCUCGCGAUUCGCUAGCCAACAAGGGAUGGAAGAUGGAGGAAGUCACGACGAAAGAAAUCAAAGAAGACGAGCUGCUCGUGGAACUUGUAGCGAGUGGUAUUUGCCAUACAGAUAUCAUGUGUGGUUCAGGAAGCGGCAAUCCAGACCUUUUCUACUAUCCUCGCGUUCUUGGGCAUGAAGGGUCGGGCUAUGUUAAAGCUGUCGGCUCAAAAGUUCAAAUCGCAAAACCAGGAGAUGCCGUGUUAUUGUCAUUCGAUUGGUGCGGUAGAUGCGAGUCCUGCAAAGGCGGCCUUCCAUCAUUAUGUUACGAAAGCAUGCCGCUAAACUUCGGCAACAAGGUCAGUUUCACGUCUGCUGGUGCAGAGCAUGCUGGCGAUGUAGCUGGUAAAUUCUUCGGUCAAUCCAGCUUUGCUCGCUAUAGCGUGGCGAAGCAGAACAGCGUUGUCAAUGUGACCAGCCUUGUUACUAGCAAGGAAGAAUUGCAGACCUUCGCACCUUUGGGUUGCGGAUUCCAGACUGGAGCUGGCACAGUAAUCAAUGUCGCAAAGGCUACACCCAAAGACUCUAUUGUCGUACUUGGCUUGGGAGGUGUAGGCCUGAGUGCAAUCAUGGCAGCAAAGCUCUCUGGCUGCAGGACCAUCAUCGGAAUCGAUCGUGUGGAUAGCCGUAUGGAAACGGCCAAGUCUUUGGGCGCUACGCAUGCGAUCGACACAUCAAAACUCCCAGAUGGGAAGACAGUGAUUGAAGCAGUGCAGGAACUCUGUGAAGGUGCUGGCCCGGCGGUUACCAUCGACACGACUGGCGUCCCUGUUCUCGUAAAAGCUGCCAUUGAGAUGACAAGAAAGGGCGGAAAGAUCAUUCAAGUUGGAUCGACACCGCCAGACUUCCAGGUUGAAUUGCCAGCUUUCCUCUUCAUGAACAGCGGCAAAGCGUAUAUGGGAGCAAUCGAAGGCAACAGCAUAUCUUCAGAUUUUAUCCCAAAGAUGAUUAGCUGGUACCGAGAAGGCAAAUUUCCAUUUGACAGGCUUGUCAAGCUCAUGCCUGCGGAGGAUUUCGAGAGAGGUAUUCAUGAGAUGCACACGGGUGAGACAGUGAAGCCUAUCAUUACCUGGUCAUGA